GUUCAUUGUUUUUAGAUACUUUUGAAACUCUAAGAAAAGAUAAUUAGUUUUAAUCUUUUGAGAAAGCAGCUAUUCACAGGACGAAAGCCAUGAUCUAAAAUCUCUCCGCUGAGUAAAGCAAACUAUUUUGAUGAGCGAAACAAUAUAUUGUCUCGGAACUGUAGCUUCAGACCAGGCCAAGAUUAUGGUGCUCAGUCGCUUGGCAAUCCCAUUAGGGUUCAGUUGCGGGUGAAAAUAGAGUCUUUGACGUACGUGCAAGACAAUAAUUGGACACAUAACCCACUUCUUGUUUGCACAAGUGAACCAUUCUGUGUUCCCAGUUGAAAGGGAAACCCCAAUAAGUGCAGAAUGACGAGUGCAAGUCUAUUGUCGCGUUCCCUGCUAACAGAAGCUCCGCGUUCUAAGAAUCGCUCGGUGUUUACCUUGAUUGCUGGUUUGGUGGUCGGCUACUGCCUGGCUCAAAUCUUCUCCAGCAUUGCGCCGCACGAGAGUCUCUAUCCGUAUCUCAGCAGACGGUUCAGCGAUUCCCAGGUGGCCACCGGUGGUCAAUUGGCUCCGGAGCAGAGCGGGUUGAAGCAUGAUCAUCGCAACGACAACGUCAGCGUGGCCGAGCAGUUGAAGAAGGAGGUACGCAUCCUCUGCUGGGUGAUGACCAAUCCCACAAACCACAAGAAGAAGGCUCGCCAUGUGAAGCGAACCUGGGGCAAGCGCUGCAACAUCUUGCUCUUCAUGAGUUCCGGCGCGGAUGAGGAGCUGCCCACCGUGAAGCUCGACGUGGGCGAGGGACGGGAGAAUCUAUGGGCCAAGGUCAAGGAGGCGUUCAAGUACGUCUAUCAUCACCACUAUAACGACGCCGACUUCUUCUACAAGGCCGAUGACGACACUUACGCCGUGAUCGAGAACAUGCGGUAUAUGCUCUAUCCGUACAAUCCCGAAACACCCGUGCACUUCGGAUUCAAGUUCAAGCCCUUCGUGAAGCAGGGCUACAUGUCCGGCGGAGCGGGCUACAUACUCAGUCGGGAGGCCCUGCGUCGCUUCGUGGUCGAGGGCAUUCCGAAUCCCAAGAUGUGCCUGCCGGGCACGGUGGUCAACGAGGACAUCGAAAUCGGGCGAUGCAUGGAGAACCUGAACGUCACCGCCGGCGAUUCCAGGGACGAAAUCGGUCGCGGUCGCAUGUUUCCCUUCAUACCGGAGCAUCACUUGAUCCCAGCCAAGGCGGAUAAAAACUUUUGGUACUGGAACUACCUUUACUACAAGACGGAUGACGGUCUCGACUGCUGCUCGGACUUGGCCAUCUCCUUUCACUACGUAGCUCCGAAUUCCUUCUAUGUCCUGGACUAUCUCAUCUACCACUUGAAACCCUACGGCCUACUGCGAUCCCUGGAGCCUCUGCCCGCCAAACUCAAAGUGGGUCAGUUUCUGCCGCCUCCCGUGGAGGCCAGGGGGCGCCUGGCCAGUAACGAGGAUUCCGCCGAUGAUUACGACAGGAUCUAUACGACCACGACCGAAAAGCCAAAGGAGCCCGAUGCUCGGGAAAUGGACUCCAAGGAGGUGGAAAAAGAGGAUGCCAAAUACAGGGAAAAGCUUUCAAAGGAGGACGAGGAACGCGAAGACUCGCGAAAAACUGACAAUGAUUCGGAGUAUACUGAGGAGGAAACGGAAAAGCGUUCCAAGUCCAAGGAAACAUCGAAAGAAAAUUAAAAUUUAUUGAGUUUACUUGGCAGGCUUUGGAACUGAGCUGUUUCUGAGUCUACGCCGCUCAUCCGGUUUAUACAUUUUAAUAAAAAUUUUCUUAGAUUAUUAUUUUAGAAGGACUAUUUUCAAAUACAUCAUAAUAAAGAUAAAGUAAAUGCAGUAAUGGG